AUGGAUAACGAGUGGCUUGUCUACCAUAAAAGAAAGUUGGAGAGAGCUGAUGAAAUAGGGUCCGAAGUCUACAUCUCCACUACCGAAAAAUCAUAUGACACCAUCUGUGAGUUCUUAGAUGCGAUGCGUGAUUUCCUACCUGAGAGAUACCCUUCGUUAUUUGUUAGAACUACACCCGGGCUCGAUAAUAUAGUUACGGGUGAAAAGGUUGACUUCACCUCCCAUCCGUUGAAGGAGAAUCCUAUGGUUAUGGCGGCCAAGUCGGUCCAAGACGACCUUGUCAUUAUGAUUGAAGAAGACGGCCAAUACUAUUCAAAGGCUGGAGUGAUCAUGUUGACAGACUUCUGGAGGUUGAAAGAUAAGCUAGGCAUAACCAUGAGUGCGAUUCACACCUCGGGCGAUGAUUUAAAGUAUAACGAGAGAAACAACUACUUCAUUCAGACCGAUGACGAUAUAGCCUGGUCAUCGGCUAUUGGGGCUGAGGACAGCGCAGAGAUUGGGUGGUGUACCGCUGAUGUGGCCAAGACCGCCGAACAGCUUUACUUUCGGAGCGAAAGGCAAUCCUUGAGGAAGCUUCCAAGAACCGGCGCCGUGGUGUUCAUUAUCCAUACAUAUUUUUUACCGAUCCCGAAAUUGUGUGUUGAACCAUUCGUUUCCAGAAGUCUUGCAAAGUACAAUGAUGUGUUUAUGCCGUACCUUGAGGAAAAGGCCCGAGAGCAGGAAGAGAUCAUGGGACAUACUCUGGACAAAAAGCCGGUUUCUUAUCCGUACUAGCCAGCCUAUCCCGUGCUGCUUCUGCUUUGAAAGAUAACUGGUCUGUAGACCUUUAUUAAAUCCCUGAUUUCUUAAGUUUCUAUUUUUUAAGGUCGUAGUAAAUUCCAACAGUGUGGGUAAAGUCCCGGGGUUAUAGGGGGGGGCGUUC